CACUCACUACAGAUCGAAGUCCACUUGAUGGGCCUCAAACAGCCGUGAGUCUCUCUCGAACUGUUGGGCCAUGACCGUCAGCAGGGCUUUUCCUGGCUCUCCUGCUGUAUUUCUCCAAUCUCCUCAAAAAUGAAGACAUAGCUGAUCUGACUUCAUGCCCCAUUGGCCAGGAUGAACAUCCCUGGAUAUCACCCACAUUUCACCCAGCCUCUUGUCCACCACCCUGGUAACUAUGCAGAGGAGCUGUUAGCAUUGGAGGAAUCGUCAACAUCUCAGGAGCAAAAAGAGGAGCCAGAGAGAAGGUCAGAGUCAGAGGAGGGCUGCCCUGUUUGUGGUGACAAAGUAUCAGGAUAUCACUAUGGACUGCUUACCUGUGAGAGUUGCAAGGGAUUCUUUAAACGCUCAGUGCAGAAUAACAAGCACUACACCUGUGCAGAACAACAGAGCUGCCCCAUGAACCUUUCCCAGAGGAAGCGUUGCCCUUUCUGCCGCUUUCGGAAAUGUUUGGCUGUAGGGAUGAGAAGAGAAGCUGUGCGCCCAGAUCGGAUGAGAGGCGGAAGGAAUAAAUUUGGCCCUCUGUACCGGCAUCACAGGCAGAUGAAACAGGCAAACACUGCUCCCUACAGGAUAAAGAUGGAAACAACACAAAUACACCGUCCCAGAUCUCCAAAUAAUCAGCCCCUAUUAAGCAGUCACAUAUGUGACCAACCAUCUCCUGAUGCUUUUGACCUAACCCAUAUAUAUACCUCUGGCGUGGGGCAACCCACGCCUCUAGACUGCACAAUGAACAACCACAGAGUGUUCACUCCACCCUCCAUGCCCUACCCUGGACUCCACUGCACCUUCCCCAAGGAGAAAGGAGAAAUGGAUUUGAGCUACAACCCUCCUCCCACACACUACUAUCCCAUGCUUUCAAGCUCAGACGGCUCAAAAAUACCAACAUCAUCCACCUGCUCUACUCCAAGCUACUCCAUGGCUCUUUCUCAGGGUCCCGCCCAGACCCCAACCACUUUAUCAUCCAGUUUUACUCCCAACUUCCUCAAUCAACUCAUGGAGGGUGAACAGGAUGAGGGAGCUCUUUGCACCAAAGUCUUGGCGAGUCUGCAGAGAGAGCAGGCCAAUCGAGGGAAACACGACCGGCUAAAUACGUUCAGCAUCAUGUGCAAAAUGGCUGACCAGACUCUCUUUGGGCUUGUGGAGUGGGCCCGAAACAGCAACCUCUUUAAGGAGCUUAAGGUGGAGGACCAGAUGAUGCUUUUGCAGACUUGUUGGAGUGAGUUGCUGGUCCUGGAUCACCUGUGUAGACAAGUCACUUAUGGCAAAGAGGGCUGCAUAUACCUGGUCACAGGCCAGCAGAUUGAGGUGUCAACCAUUAUUUCCCAGGCUGGAGAGACGCUGUGCAGCUUGGUAUCAAGAACCCAGGACCUUGUGUCCAAACUUACGGCGCUCAAGUUAGACAGACAUGAGUUUGUCUGUCUCAAAUAUCUUGUGUUAUUCAACCCUGAUGUGAAGCUGGUGCAUAGCCGCAGGCAAGUGGAGCAGACUCAAGAGAGGGUUAACAGGGCCCUGAUGGAGCACACCCAGAGGAGUCACCCGGGUCACUCAGACAAGUUUGGCCAACUGCUUCUCCGGCUCCCUGAGGUACGCAGCAUCAGCCUGCAGGUUGAGGACUAUCUGUACCAGCGCCACCUUCUGGGAGAUUUACCCUGCAAUUCACUACUUGCUGAAAUGUUGCACGCAAAGCACAACUAAGAUGUUGCAACGUGACCCUGAAGUGGCCCAAGUA